AUGAACAGCUUUUUUCCCCAACAGACCACGAUGCAGCAGAACACGAUACAGCUCCAGCAGCAACAGCAAAUGCCUCAACAGCAAAUGCUCAAUGCGCAAAGCAACAUGGCGAGUGGUCUGAGUAAUGUCGGGCAGCAGCAGAAGAUGGAUUUAUCUUUAUCUCAAGAUCAACAGCAGCAGCUUCGGAUACAGCAGCAGCAGCAAAAUCUCACCGUGAGCAUGAACAACCAACAGCAGAUGCAGCAAACCACGACUCAAAACUUGAAUCAGCAGCAACUGCAGACUGCUGUUGGGCCGUCGACCCAAAAAGGUGUAGUUCCGCGGUUAACCAUGAGCAGCACGACGAUGACCGGUAUUGUAGGUGGCCAGCUGCAGCAGAUGCAGAAUAGUAGCCCGGCAGGCCAGGCCUCGACGGCGGGCACUGUACGAACUGCAAAUCAGC